AUGUCGCCAUUUCUUGUCUUCCUGUUUGCUGCUGGUCCUACGGAGGACAGUUAUCCACUGCUUCUCGGCCUCAAGCCGCAGGGAUGUUACGACUCGGGCAUCAAAGUUUAUGUCUAUGAGACGGAGUUCUCUGCUCGGCCGGUGGAUUGCAGCCAGGGUAUGUUUGCCAGCGAGUACCUCUUUGGGAAUCGUAUGGGUGGAAAGAAGAGAGGUGCUUGCGGUUACCUGCUGCCUACUGAGGUCCACAAGUUUUUGUUACAUAGCACAUGUCGAACGGAGAACCCGGCCGAAGCCGACUUCUUCUUCGUGCCUGUCUAUGCUGCAUGUGUCAUGACAAAAGACAGAAAUACAGCCGACGAGACUUGGAGCAUGCAGCAGAAUGCAGCAGUUGUAUCCGGUGAUGCAGAGAUGAAUGACAUGGACGCUUUCUACAGCCGCUUGGUGAAGGAAGAGCUUCGGUACUUCGAGGACCAAGGCGGAAUUGACCACAUAUUCCUGUGGUCUUCGGAGACCUACGAUUUCCCCUCGUGGCAGGACUUCAUCCCAGACUCGCUCUUCCUGUCCGUGGAAGCUAGGCCAAUUGAGUGCACGGAUUUCGAUUUCUUUUCAGAAGAGACGGCCGACAACUUUGGUGCUCACUGCAAGCACUGCUACUGGUGCUUCACGCCUUGGAAAGAUUAUGUCAUUCCGGGCUUCGUGGAGAAGUGGAGCAUCGACAAGCUGCAUGCUGUUGAAAAGCCCCAUGAACAGCGGUCCUAUACGGCAUGCUACCACGGUGCUGACUCUGAUGCCUUGGCCAUCUACAAGUAUGCGAACACUACAGUGCGGAACGAUCUCCAAACACUCCGUGGUCGGCCAGGCUUCAGCAUCGGCUACAGGUUUGUUCGGAUUAUCGAGUACUUCGCUCGCAUCGGCGAUUGCCACUUCUGCUUUGCGCCGAAAGGCUUGGGCUUUUGGAGCAAUCGCCUGUACGAGGUCAUGUUUGCGGGUUGCAUACCCGUCAUCCUUUCCGACGAUAUCGGCCUGCCUUUCGAUGACUUCCUUGACUGGUCGUCGUUUUCGUUGAAGUGGCCAAUGGACGAGGUCGGCCCGGCGCUGGCCGAGCACUUGGAACGCCUGCUGGAGUCGCAGCCUUCGGUGGUGGCCGACAUGCACCAGGCGGUGCUGCGCCACAGGUGCUGGUUCGACUACAACUCGGAGGAUCCCAACUGUUCGCCCUACCUGGGCAUUCUUCGCUACCUUCAGAAGAAGAAGCAAGCCAUGCCCCGCUCACAAGGAAGGACGUGGGACAUCGUCACGCCUCCUAUACGGGGGACUCCACGGGCAGUUGCCGAGCUAGCCGAGACAGCGCACCGAUGA